AUGCUGGAGAAUGGCUCUCUCCACAAUUGCUGUGAGUUGGCUGGAUCCGGCGGCUCUUUUGACUGGGAGGAGGAGGCUAGGGACUGGACGCAGCCCUCCCAGGCCGCUCGGCCCCUUUGGGUGGCCCCGGCGCUGUCCAGCGUACUGAUCAUCACCACCGUUGUAGACCUCGUGGGCAACUCACUAGUGAUCCUGUCGGUGUUACGGAACCGCAAACUCCGGAAUACAGGUAAUAUGUUCUUGGUGAAUCUGGCUUUGGCAGAUCUGGUGGUUGCCUUGUACCCCUACCCCCUGAUCCUGAUGGCCAUUCUCCACAAUGGCUGGGCCCUGGAUGAGAUACACUGUAAAGCCAGUGGAUUUGUGAUGGGGCUCAGUGUCAUUGGCUCUGUCUUCAACAUCACUGCAAUUGCCAUUAAUCGGUACUGCUGCAUCUGCCACAGCCUUGGCUACAAAAAGAUCUACAGGGCCUGGAACACUGUCCUCUACAUCUGUCUCAUCUGGGUCUUCACAGUGAUUGCCCUGGUACCCAACUUUUUUGUGGGCUCCUUAAAAUAUGACCCCCGCAUCUAUUCCUGCACCUUUAACCAGACAGCCAGUGCCCACUACACCAUUGCAGUGGUGGUGAUCCAUUUCCUUGUUCCUAUCACCAUUGUCAUUUAUUGCUACCUGAGGAUCUGGGUGCUGGUUAUUCAGUCCAGGAGAAGAGUGAAGUUGACAAUGAAACCCAGGCUGAAACCAAGUGAGGUCAGGAAUUUCCUCACUAUGUUUGUGGUCUUUGUGAUCUUUGCCAUUUGCUGGGCUCCACUGAACCUUAUUGGUCUUGCUGUGGCCAUUAACCCUUUGGACAUGGCUCCCCGGGUCCCUGAUGGGCUGUUUGCCACCAGCUAUUUCCUGGCAUAUUUCAACAGCUGCCUGAAUGCCAUUAUUUAUGGUCUUCUAAACCAGAAUUUUCGGAAGGAAUACAAAAAAAUUAUUUUGUUUCUAUGGAUACCAAGGCUCUUCUUUCAGGGCAAUUCCAAAGAUGGGACUGACAGUCAGAGGAAGAAGCCUGCUGCUUUAAACCAGAACUACCCAAUAGAGACCAAGACCUUGUAA